GGAGGGAUGAUGUGAGCUACAGAUAAGUGGAUCCUCUGCGAAUUCCCAACAAUCUCGAAAAGAGGAAGAAAUGCAGAACACUCAAACAACUCAGAUAUCAAGCUUUAGUGCCGUGUGAAAAUGAAUUUUCAGAUAGUCGUGUGGUUGAUAUUUCUGGCGAUAAUAAAAGAUUUUUCUGGUGCCCAAAGGUUCACACUAGGAGCCGGUCAGCUGACAGCUAAAGAGGAGUCCUGCGUUAAAAUCAAAUGCACAGUCGAUGAAAGAGUUGACGUUGUCGGUGCAAACUGGUUUUGGAUAAAGAAUGCACUCUGGAAUGAUACGAUUUUGACCGGCACUUACAUUUACAGUACGGAUAACGCAGUGUAUCCUGUCAGUCCAGAUUUAGCAGGAAGAGUGAAAUAUAUCGGCUCUCCAACUUCAGAUUGGAGAAUUUAUUCUUCAACCAGACAAGAGUGCAGUAUAUUAAUCUGCAACCUGAACAAAAGUGACAGUGGAGACUAUUAUUUUAGAUAUAUAGGAAAAAAAGAAAAGGAGAAAUGGAUAACUAAAUCACAGAGACUCACAGUUACAGAAAAUCCAUGCCCGAUCACUUUUGAGAAACCACCAGUUGUAAAAGAAUCUGGCUGGAUAACACUCACAUGCUCCACUUCAAGUUCAUGUCCAUCAAAACCACAGAUUAGAGGUUUGACACAAAGAGCCUCAACACAUCAGAAAAGCACCACGAGCAGUUUCUCAGUCAGCUGGCAGGAUGAUAAGAAGGAGUUUUCAUGUCAAACACAAUAUAACAAAGACCAUUAUUUGUUUCGGAAUAUCAGUUUAACUGUCGAAUAUGCUCCCAAGGACACAUUGGCUGAAAUAAGCCCCAAAAACAUUGUGGAAGGAAACUCUGUGACUCUCACUUGCUCCGCCAAAGGAAAUCCUGUCCCCACCUUUAGCUGGUUUAAAAAUGACGAGGCUGUGGAAGCAACACAGGGAGUGUUGAAUAUCGUAUCAAUUGGAGAGUCCCACAAUGGAGACUACUGUUGUAAAGCUACAAACAUACUUGAGACAAAGACAUCUAACCUAGUCAUUAUUAAUGUCACAUAUUUGCCUGAAGUUGAGGUGACGUCUCUUGCUUCUGAAGUUAAACAAGGAGAUAAAAUGAGUUUGACAUGUAAAGUGACGAGAAGUAACCCACAACCUAACAUCUGCAGCUGGUUUAAAAAUGGGAUAGCUAUUAAUCACUGGACAUGCCUGUAUGUUGUUGAAAGAAUCAAUCCUGAAUACAGUGGCAUCUACACAUGCGAAGCCACUAACUCUGUGGGUACUGGAAGAUCAAAGUCACUUCAAAUUAAGGUUAAAUACGGCCCGAGGAAGGCAAACAUUUCCAUCAUUAAAAGUGAUACAAAAGGGGAUUCAUUGGUGGUAGUUGGAAAGACCCUUGUAUUCCAAUGUACCGCUGAUGCCAAUCCUGCCCCAACGACAUACUCUUGGUACCGAUACAAGAACAACAAACCGAUUGACUUGUCGCCGUGGAGGUUUAACAGAACUAAUACAAACCAACUUGUUUUGGACAGAGUACAAAGAGCAGAUGAAGCAUGUUACAUAUGCGAUGCAGUCAACAUCAUUAAUAGUGGGCAGGCUAGUGAUCCGAAGUGCAUACAAGUACUGUAUGCUCCCGUCAAUCCCAUACUCACUAUGACAGAUGAGGUCAUAGAAGGUCAGCUGAUCACCAUCGCAUGCACUGUUGAAAGCUUUCCUGCGUCGAAGCUCACCUUGACUCGCAGAUCAACUAAUCAGUCUUCAGGAUGGUCUUUCAUUCCCGUAAAUGAUGGCAACACUCUCCGACACACAUUUAACCCAACUUCAUCCCACACAGGCUUUUACACCUGCAGCGCCACGAACAGAGAAGGUUCAACGGAAAGCAAACAAAAGAUGUUGGUGGUGAAAUAUCGUCCGAAACACGUGACCGUAGAAGCUGAGCCUGACCUUGAAGUAAAUGAAAACAAGUCGUUGACGCUGCGUUGCAGUGCCCAGUCCCACCCACCAGUGACCUCCUUCACCUGGAUGAAGAUGACUGAUGGGAAGAGUGGAAUCAUCUGGACGAAUCAGACCAUCCCUCUGAAGUCUGUCGGUGUAUUUGACAGUGGACUGUACAGAUGUUCAGCCCGUAAUGAAAUUGGAAUUGGAGACUCGCCGCAAGCUGAGGUUAAAGUCAAGUAUGCUCCAAAGCAGACAAACAUCACCACAGCAGCAGAGCAGCAGCGGCCUGACGGGAAGCGCUCUGUGACCCUGAGCUGCAGCAGUCACAGCUAUCCCCCAGUCACACAAUACUCAUGGUACAAGUUGAAUGCUGAAAAAGGGGAUGUAAACGUGUACGGGCGUCAGAACUACACCGUGUAUUCAGACCAACCCGGAGUCUACUACUGCAUCGCAAAAAAUGAAAUAAAUCAAAGAUCAUCUGACCGAGUCCAUCUGUUUGAACGAGGCUUUACGAAGACCAGGAUCAUCAUCCUUUCUCUUUUUACCCUGCUCAUCAUUUUCUUAAUCGUCUUUGUCUACAGACACAAGAGGAAGAAAUCAACUCAACAAGGAACUACAAACACAUGUUUUCUGGGUUGGUGGAAUGGCGUCAGGACGAGGAAUCUGAUGAAUGAGACCAGCGUGGCGGAGGCUUCCAGGAGCAGAGAUGACCUCUGGCCAGACCAGCCGCUCCGUCUAAAUGCCCAACGAUGCCAGCCUGUCUGUCCAGACAGCCCGGCUGCAUCCAACAUUAACAGUGUUUACUCUACUGUGAAUCUGCCCUCCGGAAAACAAGGUCCUUCUGCACAGAAGCCAAUCAGACAGCAAGGUGGACACACAGAAGAUGAUUCUCUCAACUAUGCGUCUUUACACUUUGAAAAUAAGCAAAAAAACAAACGAGCAAAAGCAGAAGAGGAUGUGUACUCUAAAGUGUCCAAGCAAACGCCACCUAAAAAGAAUGAAGAAAGGCUGGAGGACUACGAGAACUUGGGCACAGCUCGCACAGCCGUACGUCCCAAGCCAUCAACAUACGACACGGCCAACAGUGAGGAUGAAUACGAGAUCAAUUAUUCACAGGUGAUAUUCAAGGCAAAGAGAGCCGGCAGAGACUCGAGCAGCUCUGAUGAAGAGGAGACGCAGUACUCUCACAUCAAAACCUGAGUUAAGAUACUCUUAUCCCACCUUACAUGUACAGCCAUUUCAGUAAUGUUUUAGCGCUUCGCUGAGUGUGUAGUAACAAGUACCAAAGUUGUGAGCUUAAUCCAAACCCAUGGAAAAUAAAAUAUAAAAACAACACAUUUUUGUUAAACUCCUGAAUUGUAAAAGAUGUAAAAUGUACAUAUUUGUGAAAUAUAUUGACAUUUGUGAACAGUACAAGAUGACAUGGCUGUGCAGCAGAGGCUUGUUUCUGAAAUAUGCAUAACACGCUUUCAAUUCUGCUCUUAUAUAACUGCCAACUUAGGUGCAGGAAGAAUGUCUGUCUUUGUUUUUUCAAGCAAUAUCCAAUGUACAAAACAAAAUCAAUUAAAAACAAAAAGUGUGACAAAC